GCUCCAGGUCUGCUGGCCGACCCACUGUCAGUCUGCAGCAGCGGGAGACCAUGGGACGCUACGCUGCGGCGCUGGUGGGCUUGCAGUUCGGGCUGGGGCUGCUGCUGUGUGAACUGGGCAGCCUAGCAAGCGCCGAGCCCCGGGCCCCGCCGGACAGGAUCGCCAUCGUCGGUGCUGGAAUUGGUGGCACUUCCUCAGCCUAUUACCUUCGGAAGAAAUUUGGGAAGGAUGUGAAGAUUGACGUGUUUGAAAGAGAAGAGGUCGGGGGCCGUCUGGCCACUUUGAAGGUGGAAGGUCAUGACUACGAGUCAGGGGGUUCUGUCAUCCACCCUCUAAAUUUGCACAUGAAGCGUUUUGUCAAAGAGCUGGGUCUCUCCAGUGUUCCAGCUUCAGGUGGCCUGAUGGGGGUGUACAAUGGAAAGUCUCUGGUGUUUGAGGAGAGCAGCUGGUUUAUAAUCAACAUGAUUAAGCUGGUGUGGCGCUACGGAUUUCAGUCUCUGAGAAUGCACAUGUGGGUAGAAGACUUGCUGGACAAGUUCAUGAGGAUCUAUCGUUAUCAGUCCCAUGACUAUGCCUUCAGCAGUGUAGAAAAGUUAUUGCUCGCUAUCGGAGGGGAUGACUACGUCCGACUGCUUAACCAGACUCUCCAUGAAAACCUGCAGAAAGCAGGCUUCUCUGAGACAUUCCUCAACGAGAUGAUCGCUCCUAUCAUGCGCGUCAAUUUUGGUCAAAGCACCAACCUCAAUGCCUUUGUGGGGGCAGUGUCAAUGACAGGGGCCGAUUCCAACCUUUGGGCUGUGGAAGGUGGUAAUAAAGUUGUUUGUUCAAGGCUCCUUCAGGCCUCCGGCAGCAACCUUAUAACUGGUUCCGUAGUGUCCAUAGAGGAGAAGACAAGGACCAAACAGACCGGAAAUCCCACAAAGAUGUAUGAAGUGGUAUAUAAAACAGGAUCUGAGACCCAUUCGGACUUCUACGACAUUGUCCUUGUGGCUGCUCCAUUGAACCGGAAGAUGUCUGACAUAACUUUCCUCAAUUUUGAUCCACCCAUUGAGGAAUUCGAUGACCCAUAUCAACACCUGGUGACAACUUUAAUUAAAGGAGAACUCAAUUCCACUCUCUUCAGCUCUAGACCCAAGGAUCAGUUCGGCCUCUCCGCGAUUCUUGUCACUGAUGACUCAGAUAUGUUUAUUAACAGCCUGUCCAUUGUGGCCCCUGUAAGAGCGAAGGAGGGUCCUGCACCGGCGGUGGAUGGCAUGCACGUGUGGAAGACCUUCUCUAGGGACGUUCUCACCAAAGAGCAGAUUUCAAAGCUCUUCCUGUCCUAUGAUUAUGCUGUACGGAAGCAAUGGCUGUCCUACCCUUACUAUGAGCCUCCUCAGAAGUGUCCCUCCAUCGUCCUCCACGACCGGCUCUAUUACCUCAAUGGCAUUGAGUUUGCGGCCAGCUGCAUGGAGAUGAGUGCCAUCGCUGGCUACAAUGCCGCUCUCCUUGCCUACCACCGCUGGAACGGUAACGAGGACAUGAUUGACCAGGAGGACCUGUAUGAAAAGCUCAAAACGGAGCUGUAACUGAGCAUUGCCCCUCCCUAGAGCACCCUGCUCUUGCAGAACUGAGUCAGCAGAGCUGAAUCUUUACCAGCACUCUUCAUGUGGGUCAUGAGAAAACACAACUUUCCCGUUCAUUGGAGAACUUGAUCUUCAGCCAGACUGUCUUCACUCUUUCAUUUUGGGGGAGGUACAGGAGGAUUGAACCCAAGGCCCUGUGCAUGCUAGGCAAACACUCUGCUACUGACCUGAGCUACAUCCAGCCCUCUUUGUGGUUUUUCUUUUGAGACUGGGUCUCACUAAGUUGUCCAGGAGGAGUCUCCUGCCUCAGUCUCCCGAGUGCCUGGGAUUACAGGCUCUUGCCAUUAGGCCUGGCUUUUAACUGUGGGGGACACUGGCAGAGUUUCCCAGACUUGUUGGGGGGUUAAGGGAGUUUUUUUUUUUUUUUUUUUUUUUUUUUUUAGUUUUUUGAGACGGGGUUUAUCUGUGUAACAGUCCUGGCUGUGGCUGUCCUGGAACUGCUCUGUAGACCAGGUUGGCCACCAACUAUCAGAUCCACCUGCCUCUGCCUCCCAAGUGCUGGGAUUAAAGCCAUGGGCCACCACUGACUGCCCAAUGUUUUAAGUGUCACCUGGAACUUGAUAAACACCUGGAUUUGGACUCAGUGGGCUGGGUGUGUUCCUGAAUUUGCUUCAAAUUAUAGAGCAAUCUUUUUCUUUUCUUUCUCUCUAGUUUUUCUCCCUCUAGAAGUGUGUGGAAACUAUGUUUUACUCUGCACACCAGGCUGGAACUCAGUAUGUAACCUAGGCUGGUAUUUAAAUCACAGCAAUCCUCCUGUCUCAGCCUCCCACAUGCUGGAUAUAGGUUUGAGGUCCAAUUUCUGGCAGUUUACAUUUUUUUUAAUGUAAAUGUGCUGAAGCCUGAGGUCAUGACUUUAAGAAUGUGAUUUUUUGAUUGCUUCUGUCUUGGUUUUAUCAUGGAUAGACUCAGAGAUAGAAACAGAGAUACCCUGUGAUGUGGGAACUGGAUAUAGGCUAUUGAAUCAAGAAACUGACACUGUACUAUAUGAGGCCCUCAUGUGAGGAGGUCUGUGUUUUUCUAUGCUGGGCUAGGGAUUGAACCGGAGACCCUGAGUAUCCGAGACAAGGACAAGUGCUCUUCCACUGAGCUACAUUCCCAGCCCCAAGAGCUUCAGGGCCCCACGGCCAGAGAAUGGGAGUUCCUGGGUUGAGGAUGGGGUCUUGGCACUGUAGCUUUGCCAAGUUCAAGUUCCUUUGCAGCCAAAGAUGAGUAAAUCCUGGAUGUGGGGAUAAACCUUCUAUAGAGAGCUUUGAGUGCCUUAAAAGUGCUAAGGAACACAAACCAUGACCCUAGCAGACCCGUGCCAGACAUGACUGACUGCUGAGAUCCUCAGCAGUGGCCUCCAUGGGGACUAGCACUGCUGUAGAGGGUGAACCUAGAGCAGUCGGCCUUAGAACCAAGUCUUCACGGCGACUUGGGUUCAGAGGGAAUCCCUUCAGAUGCUGGGCAUUCCGGAUGAGAGGCCAUUGCUGAAAUCUUAAGACAGUGAGUGGCUCUCAGCUGUGGUUGCAUGUGGGAGUCCAGGCUUCUCAUAUGUAGUCAAGCUCAAGAAAUCUAACUUUUUGUCCACUGCUCAAGGUCACCAGUGACUGUCAUAGCCGCUAGUAUUAAGAGAAAAAAAAAGUAAUUUUGCCUGCCUUGGUAGUGCAUGCCUGUAAUUUCAGUACUUUCAUGGCAGAAGCAAGAGGAUCAAGAGUUCAAGGCCAGCCUGGGCUGUAGCAACACCCUGUCUCAAGGAAUAAAAACUGGAUUAUAGCAUUGCAUCAGCAAAGUGGUCUAAGAAAACAUUGAUUCUUAAAAAUUAUUUUUUCCCUUGUACAGCUGCGGGUAUUAUUAAUGUGUGGAGAAAGCAGCCAUGAUGUAUUUGGUAUAGUGACAGGAAUUAAUUAAAUUCAUAGCCUAUCAAAAGGUUGACAUUUUUUCUGAUUUGUUCAGAGACAUUUGUGUUUUUUCCUGUUGUGGUUUUAAUGAACAUGGUUUGUCAAGAAUAUAAGAACACUGUUAAGGAUUUGGUACUGCGGCUCCUCAUCUGAGGGCUAUGUUUCGUGAUCCCCUGUGGGCACCCAGACCUGGGAAGCAGUGUGCCCCGUAUGUUCUAUUUCCACAUGUACAAUAUACCUGUGAUAAAAUUUUAAUUUAUAAAUUUGGCACAGUAAGAGAUUAACAACGGGGUUGGGGAUUUAGCUCAGUGGUAGAGCACUUGCCUAGCAAGCGCAAGACCCUGGGUUCGGUCCUCAGCUCUGGAAAAAAAAAAAAGAGAUUAACAACAUUAAUUAUAAAAUGGAAAAGUUGUAACAAUUUACCAUAAUGGAAGUCAAUUAAAACUUACAACACA